GCUACUCAGAACACAAGAGAAAGAAGAAACAUGACAGAGAGCCAAGUGAGCCAAGUGAGGGACACGAACCGGGUCAGGAACAUGUAUGAGGGAGUUAAUCCAGCUGGCAUGACUGAACGAGAGAAAAAAAAGCACAGAGAUGAAACUCUUCACAAAAAUCCAGAUGUUCUAUUCAGAAUAUAUCGACAAGAAAAACUCCAUGUGCUGCUUUUUAGGCCGACUAACAAUCAGGAGUGGAAGAAGGAGAUUCAGAAAAUCAUUCCAUCUCAUUUGUCUUUGCAACUGACUGAAAGAUGUAAAGUAAAAGGUGAUUUACCCAUUUUCAACAUGUCUGGUCAAGAGUCUGAACUUGAAUGGCUCUGCAACAGGUUUGUUGAGCUCUGCAACAAGGUCAUUCAUAACAUUCAGGUAGCAAAAGAACAACAGGAUGAAACUGAGGAGCUCAGAGCGAGAGUUGAGGAGCUGCGACUGGAAAACAACAGGCUUCGAGGGCAAUUGCUGGAUAUUCAAACCAGGACGUGUCCUCCUGAGCUCUACAAUGAGCUCAGAGAAAACAUUCAACAUGGAGGAGCAGCACAGAUGCACAGAGCAGCUGAGAUUGAGGAGAUCAACGUGAGAAUCAGGGAGCUGGAACAGGAACUCAGCGUGCUUGAGAGGCGACUGGCUGAACUCCAAACCAGAGGACAGUGAUUCGCUGAUCUGUUUUCAUCAAUGCAACGGAAGUGGAUAAAGUUAAACAUACAGUCUCCUCCAAAAGUAUUGGAACAGCAAGGCUAACUAAUGCUGUGGAGUGACUGAGGUGGACUGAUAACUGGAUUCCACUGAAUCUGUCUUUUCAGCUGUCCAUGAGAUGUGCAAAAAUAUCUCCACACAAGGAGGACCUUGUAGAUUUCUAUCAUGAUUUUCUUCAGCUCCUCAAUGAAAUCAAUGAAAACGUCCAUGAUGGAGGAGCCACAUAAGAGGGGAGCUGCUCAAACCCUGGUGCUAAUCCAACAGCGCUUCUGGUGGCCAUCCAUCAAGGAAGACGUCCAGGAGUUCGUGGCAGCCUGUGACACAUGUGCCCGGAACAAGACAGCCAAUCAACCCCCUGCCGGCUUGCUAAGACCCCUCCCGAUUCCUCAUUGACCCUGGUCUCACAUCGCCCUGGACUUCAUCACAGGACUCCCCAACUCAGGUGGCAAUACAUGCAUCCUCACUGUAAUUGACCAUUUUUCCAAGACCGUCCAUUUCGUUCCUCUGCCCAAGCUCCCCUCAGCAAAAGAGACCGCAGAGCUACUCAUCCACCACGUUUUCCACCUACAUGGUCUGCCUACUGGCAUUGUUUCUGACCGGGGUCCUCAGUUCAUUGCACAGUUCUGGAGAGCCUUCAGCAAACUCAUCGGGGCCACCUGUAGUCUCUCCUCAGGCUUCGACCCACAGACCAAUGGCCAGGCAGAAUGGGAUAACCAGGCUUUGGAGGUUGCACUCAGGUGCAUGGCAUCCAGGGAUGCCAGUUCUUGGAGCAAGUACCUACCUUGGAUCGAAUACGCACAUAACACUUUCCCUUCCUCUGCCACAGGUCUCUCUCCAUUUCAGUGCUCACUAGGGUACCAACCACCACUGUUCCCCAGCCAGGAGGAGGAGGUUGCCAUACCCUUAGCCCAGAUCUUCAUAUGCCGCUGCAGGAGGACAUGGGCAAUGGCCCGGAGAAGACUCAUUUGCUCCGCCCUAGCAUCCAAGAGGCAGGCCGACAAAUGCCGCUCUAAGGUGCCCACCUACCGGGUGGGGCAACAAGACAUGCUCUCCACAUGCCACCUGCCACUCAGAACUGUCUCCCGCAAGCUGGCUCCCAGGUACCUAGGACCUUUCCUCAUCAGCAAGGUCAUCAAUCCAUGUUCCAUCAGACUGGCUUUACCACUCACCAUGCGACGUGUUCACCCCACCUUUCACAUAUCACAGCUUAAACCCCUGGUCUCCAGUCCUUUGGGUUUUUCUAGUUCAUGGUUUUUGUACUCAGGGUUUUUUCUUGUUUAUGUUUUUUUUUUUUUGCUCUAGCGUUUUUGUCCUUGUCUGUCUUGUGUUUUUGUCAAAUUUUUUGUUUCUUUUUACCUGGACUAUUUUUGCCAUUUGUUUGUUUACCUUUUUGCCACGCCCUUUCCCUGGAUUAAAUCUCAUUAUUUAUUGGA